AUGGCUGAUAUCGAUCCGAAAGACGUGCAAGCUCGUCGUCCUCCAAUUGCCAUAGUGGGGAUGGGGAUGAGGUUACCAGGCGGAGUUCGUUCAGCGAAAGACUUCUGGGACAUGCUCGUCGAGAAGAGAACAGGUCACGGCGAGAUUCCCGAAAGUCGAUACAAUGCAAAGUCAUUCUAUGAUCCCAAGAACCCACGGCAAAUUCGCACCCGUCAUGGCUAUUAUCUUCAGGAAGACCCAGCCUAUUUUGAUGCAGACUUUUUCUCGAUAAGUUCUGCCGAUGCUUCAAUGACGGAUCCACAACUGCGUCUCUUACUCGAAGUAAUAUGGGAGUGUCUAGAGAAUGCAGGAGAAACAGACUGGCGUGGUAAAAGCAUAGGAUGCUACGUCGGCACCUUCGGGGAGGAUUGGCUCUCCCUUUCCACGAGAGAAUAUCAACAUGUUAAUCGCUAUUAUGUCCUCGGUACGGGCGCGUUUGCAUUAUCUAACCGUAUCUCGUACGUCUAUGACUUCAAGGGGCCUAGCAUGACGAUCCAAACUGGUUGCUCUGCUUCCCUUAUCGGGUUACAUGAAGCUUGUCAAGCCCUUUAUCUUGGAGAAUGUAGCUCCGCAGUUGUAGCGGGAAUAAAUCUCAUUUUGAGCCCAAGUAUGACCAAAACCAUGUCGGCUAAUAUGGUCAUAUCAGAAAGUGGCAUGUGCCGAAGCUUCGACGAAAGCGCCGAUGGAUACGGGCGCGGAGAAGCGAUCAAUGCAAUCUAUAUCAAACGCUUGGAUGAUGCUAUUCGCAAUAAUGGUCCUAUUCGUGGAAUCAUUCAAGGUACUGCGUCCAACAGUGAUGGAUGGAAGUCAGUAAUUACUGCUCCAGAUCUACUCUCUCAAGAGAGUCUGAUUCGUGCGGCAUAUCGCAAUGCCAACAUUAGCGAUAUAUCCAAGACAGCAUAUUUUGAAUGCCACGGGACAGGAACAGCUACCAAACCCAACGUCGGUCAUUCGGAGGGAGCUUCAGGGGUCACCAGUGUUAUCAAGGCGGUCUUGAGCCUUUAG